AGCUGUUAAUGCUAAAGAGAUUUCAAUAAUGCAAGUCAUUCUCCAUUUGUCUUGCCAUAUUGUCGACAUUCAGUUUAUUAUUGAAAUGUUCAUAAUAAUUAAUCAGAUGGUGUUCAAUAACUAAAAUGCAAAAAGCAUGGGUAAUUAUGAAAAAUUAUAUUAGAAUUGAGUUUUUCAUCUAUAGUAAUUUAAUAUGUUAUCCUUAAAAUUAAAGCAGUCUAAUUAUAGUAGAAG